AUGGAGCGCACGCCACCACUUGUCUUCGUCCUCCUCCUCUGUGCGGCAUUCCUCACUGCCGCCGCCGCGUCUGCCUCGAUCUUUCCGCCAUUUCUAGCACGCCACGGCAGUGCUUCAGCCGUGUCUGCCGCCCAACUCGCCAAGCCCUUGAAGCAGAAAGGGAAGGUUCUCGAAAAGCGCGCUGCCAAGUUGCGUCCUACUAGGAAGAAUGGAAAAGUGAUUGGCGACAAGUGGGCAUCCGGGAAAAUGGUUUUCAAGACGGUGAUGUACUCGGCAAGUUCAUACGCUGGCAUUUACGCUUGCAACAUAUUCAAGAUUGACUCUGGAGGACAGACGCCAGGCUCAAGUGGCGUGCCUUCCUGCACUGACAGCCCAGUUGGAGGCUAA